UAUUGCGAUUGUUCGCUCCGGGCGCCAUCACUCACGAAAAAUGCUUAAAUUGACUGGAAAAUCGCUCAAAAUUGCCACAUUGAUGAAUUUGGAAAAAAAAUUUCGCUGGAAUCCGUGAUUGAAAGGAAAGAGGGAAAAUUAAAUAAAUUUAACGAGAAAAUGGACAUUGAGAGAACUUGCAGAGCUUGCCUAAAAGAAUCAGAUAAUUUGGAACCAAUUUUCAGUACAACCGGCUCAAAUUUAAUACAGAAAUUUGAGUUUUUAUCCAUAAAGUUAACAGAAAAUGACUGCCUUCCAUCCAGCAUAUGCGAAUUUUGCAAAUCGAAGCUAUUAGUGGCCUAUCAAUUCGCGCACGAAGUUACCUGCAAUGAAAAAGAACUGCUCGAAAAGCUUUCUGAAUCACUCGAGACUGAAAAAUUCCAUGAAGAAAUCGAAAUUCUCGAGCCAGAAGAGGAACCUGAUGACGUUGUUUACACAAUUGAAGUCCAAAAAGAAGAAUUUUCAGAAAAUCCUGUGAAAACUGAAGUUGAGGAGGAAAAAUCCCUUCCUUACCAAUACAUUAAAUCCCAAAAAAUAAUUUCUAAUGGAAAAUUAAUUUACAUCAAGGAAUGCCCGAUUUGUCACACGAUGCAGCAAAAUCUCAAGCAACACAUGCUCGUGCAUUCGGGAGUUCGGAAACACAAAUGCAGCCUUUGCGACAAAAGUUUCGCGCAAAUUUCGAAUUUGAACCAUCACAUGAAACUUCACGUGGAUGAGGGAAAAAAGGCGAGACCGAAAUGUGACUUGUGUGGCAAAAGUUUUUCCGAAAUGCGGUCUUUGAAACGACACGAAGUGAAGCACACGGGAGAACGGAAGUACGAAUGUGACCUUUGCCCAAAGAAAUUUCUGUAUUCGCAUAAUUUGUUGAACCACAAACGGAGUCAUUUGAAUGAAAAACGAUACAAAUGCAAAAAUGAGGGCUGUGAGAAGGCCUUUGUGACAUGUAGCGAGUUACUGCAACACACAAAGAAACACGAAAAGGACAAAAAUAAAGUUGAAAAUUAAU